UAAUACACUCAUACUGAAGAGAUCUCCCGGUCGCUAGGGCGGCACUAAGCGGACCGCUGCUGCAGCAAAGUGGGAUUUUGCUUCAGAUGGCGUUCUCUUACCACGUACUUUAAAAGGCUAUUGCUUUUAACGAUUAAUGAUUAUAACCGGUGCUAAACGUCUGGUAAGUUGGAAGAAAGCCCAUUAUGGCAGAGCUGGAAGAGCAGCGGCUGGGCUCCUCCGGCCGCUGCGCUGGCAUAUGACAAGAUGUCUGACUGAGAGCUCUGGCCUUUGUUUGUGCUUUGCCUCGGAUCAUCCCUUAGUAUAUCUUUCCCUGGUACUCUCAUCCCGGCACCGAAUCUAGGGCUCAGACGUUGGCUGUCUGUUGGGAAGGGGUUGGAGGGUGGGAGCUGUACUUUGAAGCUACGCAGAGUGACUUCUUAUUUAGGUACAAAUACAGUUGAUUUCAAUUUAAUCUCUUAAUUGGAUCCCUCAAAAUCCCUCUAUUUUGUCAAUAACAUUUACUUUGCCUUUUGUCAUGUGGCUUCCUCGUGACUUCUCAGAUCUGUUUAACUAUCUUAUUUGAUACUACUUUUCGAAUUUUUAGCAACUUCCCUUCUCUAGCACAAAUGAAAGAUUUAAAUAAAUUUUACUUACUCCCUGAUCAGCAAAUGGUUUUAUAUAUAUACACACAUACAACAAAUGUGAAAAAUAUAUUUAUUCAAAAUAAUUAUAAAUAUAUGAGAUAUAUAAUUAUUGCCUUUUUUGUUUCAGAUUUAAAUUACAAUAAACUUUUACGUUUUGAUCCCGAUACACCAAUAGUUUACUAAUGGAAAGUGCUUGGAAUAUUAAUACAGAAAAUUCUGUGAAGACCAGAGUUUGCUGUUAGAACUUUGGAAAGACAAAGGUUUAAUUGUAGAUAGCAUGGCUUUGUAGGGAAUACUAUAUUUCACAAAUUUAAUUGAGUCUUUUGAGAAUGAGGUAGAUUUGCUGUAUGGAUUUUAACAAAAACUACUAAGGUGGUUAAAUUGCAUUGAUGGUGGAAUUCUCAAUUUUAGUGUCUAGUAAUCAGAUUUGGCACUCUUGUUUUUACAUAUAUUAGCAAUAUGAAUUAAUAUAUGACAUCAAUAGUAAAUAAUGUGAUAUUUGCUCUGGAUAAUGACAAAAUUGAGAGUUUACAAAACUUUGGGUAGUGCAGUUUUUGUUGUGCCUAAGAGAGUACAGAGGAGAUUCACCAGGAUGUUGCUUGGAUUGGAGGAUUUUACUUAUGAAGAGGGAUGAGACCGGGUGAGACUAUUUUCCCUAGAGUGAAGGAUGCUGAGGAGAGACCUCCAAAAGUUUAUAUCAUUAUGAGAAAUAGAUAGGGCAUACAGCUGGUAUCUUUUUCCCCAAGAUCAUGUGGAUUUAAGGUGAGUGGGAGGAAUUAAUGAAAUUUGAAGGUAAGUGUAUUUACAUAGAAAUUUGUUUCUAUCUCUAAUUUUUAUUGCAACACCAACAAAUUACAUUCAAUGCAACCAGUUGCUAAUUACAUUUUGACUGUUUAACCCAGCCACUCCUCAACCCUCAUCGCCAUCCCCCUCUAUCCCUCAUCCUUUACCCCCUUUCCACCCCUCUCCCCUCCACCAACCAAAUGACUAGUAGUGCAUACACAGACAGAGCCUUCCUAUUUUAACAGAAAAUCUUUUAAGUUAGAUAUCAAAUUUGUCCACAUUAAGAUUGUGUUUGGUUGUGCAUCAUUUACUCUUGCUGAUGAUAAUUCCAGGUAGGAAAUGUCCAAAAAGCUCUGAAGCCAGUGAGUACUUGAAAUAUCAUGAGGAGGUUUCCAAUGCUGGACUACAUUCUUCUUUAAUUAUACCCCUGUUAGUUCUGUAAGAGUACUGAUAGCCUUUCCCCACAAACCAAAAACCCCUGAACAUUCCUAUACAACAUGUAUAAAAGAGCCAAUGGUUCUGUGGGGGGAAAAUGAGCAAUAUGGGUCAGGAACCAGUCCCAUUUGAUGUCUAAUUCUCGGUGUUAGAUAUGCUCUAUGACAAAAUUCCAAGUGUUUUUUCGAAACUCUGGCAGCAUUAUCUCAAUUCGCAUCCUAGUCUAAGUCUUGUCCCAAUUCAGACAUAUCCCUAUGUAUCCAACUUAAAACAGGAUGAUCCUUUAAAUCUGACCCCCAGGGAACCACAUCGGCUUUACAAGCUGAUCUUACUCUUAAAAUAGAAAAGACAGUGUUUAUCAAUAUUAUAUCGAGAUACCAGUUCUUGAAAGCUAAGGAUAAUACUUGCGCCAUUAAUAUCUUAAAGAGCAGUAAUACCUUUAAUCUCCCAAGUUCUGUUAGUGAAUGGUUCCCCCACCCCCCGAUAGAAAAUGAUUAUUGUACUAUAAUGGAGAUCAUUUGCACCAUAGGCUUUUAAAUUUUCAGAAUUUUUCUGCUGCCCUAAACACUUAUAGCAUAUGGGUUAAAAUUGGAUCUUAAUACAAAUCACAUAUUUUGGUAGACAUACCUAUAAGGAGAAAGUCCUUCAACCUUUUUAGCUCUUGUUCUAUAUUUUUCCAUGAUGAAAUUUUAUCCUCCUCCAUCCAGUUGCUAAGAAUUUUUAGUACAAAUGCCCAGUGAUACAGUUUAAAAUUUGGACACGCCAAUUCCCCAUCCGAUUUUUUGAAUUGUAGAGCUGACCACUUUAUAUUGGGUCAUUUACCGUUCCAAACAAAGCAUCAUAGUAAGGAAUCCAAUAUCCUGCUGGAGGCACAAAUGGGAUCAUUGAGCUGAUAAAAUUAAUGUGGGGUAAGAUGUUCAUUUUAAUGACCGAUAAUAUGGGCUGGGACUGAUGCUGGCGGGUGUCUAUCUAUUAAUAUCUAUUUUUUUCAAAAUUGAUUUGUUUUAGCCACAGACUAUAGGGAAGUAUUAACUUUAAUAUUGAAGCAGAAGACCUCUUUUGUAACCUUAAUCUGGGGAGGGAGAGGCACCUGACAUUUAUCUGUUUUAAUCAGCAUCAGUGCUGAUUUUGACAGAUUAACUUUUAAUCAUGAAAGAAAUCGUUACAGGGGAAAUCUGAGGACAGUUUCUAAUUAAAUGUGCAAGCGGUUCAAUAGAUAUAGUAAAAAUUAAAGAAGACAAAAGGUCCUCUUGUCGUGUGCCCCGUCCUAUGUCAAAUGUCACUGAGAAACCUCCUCCCACACAUACACGGGCUGAGGGAUUAGCAUACACUGCAUACAUACAUACAUAGACCACAGGCAGGCAGGAUUUUAUGUGUAAGAGCCAGCGAAUAUUAAUAGAUGCGAGACAUCCCCUUAUAAAACCCAUUUGAUCUGAUUUUUCCCAACCACUGUCUCGAGUCUAUUGGCUAGGACUUUGGAAAGUAUCUUGAGGUCGGCAUUUAUCAAGGAGAUUGGAUGGUGACUCCACGGGGUUCCAUUUCCAAUAGCAUAAUUUAAUGUUUCUAACCAUAUUGAUCCAAGAAUAUCCCAUUUUCUAGGUAAAGUUCCAUGGAAAAUAUUUUUAAGGAAAAUCACUUAGAACUAUUACAUUUAAGAGAUAUUUAGACAUUUAUAUAGGCAAGGCAUAGAAAGGUAUGGUGCUAAUAGAAGCAGAUGGGAUUGAUGUAGAAGAACAUAAAGGUUAGUAUGGACAUGGUCUGUUUCUAUGUUGUACUGCUCAAUGAAACAGGUUAACAUGUUAUAAUUAUUGUAUCUUUUAAUUAACAUAACUGUUUUUGUUUGCAGUGUUUAUUCAAAUUAUAUUGCAAGGAAAUAUAUGAAGUCACUCACUGUUGAAGCAGAUUACAUUAGUGGAAGUUUUCAGAAACACUUGAAAGAAUGGGUAUGAGAAUUAAGUUACACAGCGGUGACCACCCAAAUAAUCUUCUUAAGGAACUCAAUAAGUUUAGGCUCUCCGAAAUCAUGUGUGAUGUAAUCAUUGUGGUCGGCAACAGAAUGUUUUCAGCACAUAAGUCAGUGUUGGCAUGUGCCGCCAAUUAUUUCCAGAACCUCUUUCUGAAUUCAGAAGUUAACUCUGUAAGAACCUAUGUGGUAGACUUUAUUACACCAGCAAAUUUUGAAAAGAUCUUGAAUUUUAUCUACACAGCAGAGCUUUUCACAGAUCUCAUCAACGUUGGUGUAAUCUAUGAGAUGGCAGAGAAGCUGGGAAUGCAUGAUCUCCUGAAGGCCUGUUACUGUACAUUCCCUGACCUGGAGAAAACUGAUACCAGCAAAGUGACAGAACAGUCAACCGAAGAGUAUGCACUUCUCACUGGGACCUCAAAUGAACAAAAUCCCCGUGGGGGAUACUUGAGGACAACAGGGUCACAGUUUUGUCAUGAUAAAGAUUAUAUCGUGCAAAUUGAAGUGGGACAGAGUUUCAGAAGUGGAGAAAGAAGCCUUGCCAGUCAAAAUAGUUCAUACCAACAGUCAACAAAAACUGUUGAUAACAUGAUGGAAUACAGCCAGUCCACAUCUACUGAUAGUGUUUCAUUAAACUCAAAUAAACGCCCUUGUGAACUGUUUGGGAUAGAAAAUAAUGAAUAUUAUGAAACCAAUUUAUUGAGUGGUGGUGAAUCUAGUGCUGAAAACAAUGUCGACCUCCAAGAUCAUUCAAUGAAGAAAAUGGAGUGUGUGCAGUUUGAAGGUAUUGAACCUGAUGACCUUAAUUUUGAUGUGCAGCAGGAGAAUAGAGGUCCUUCUGAAGAAAUAAUAGAGCUCACAGAUGACAGUGAAGAUGACAGUCUUGUCUGUAUUAAGGACAGCAAUAUUGACGGAAAGAGCAUGCCAUGCCAGGUAUGUGGAAAGGAGUUACCGGCUAACAUAGGUUUGAUUCGACAACAUGGUAAACUCCACAUUGAUGCGAAGGAGGGGCUGUGCAAAGUGUGUGGGGCAAAGUUCACGGAUAGAAGUUCUCGAAUCAUCCAUGUUUUAUCUCACAUUGGAAUCUUCCUCUUCUCGUGUGAUAUGUGUGAAAUGAAGUUUGUAACGCAGUGGCAAGUGGCUGGACACAGAAAAGCAAAACCAUAUGAUAGUAAUGUUAUUGUCCACCUCAACUCCAUGCCACCACCUGAACCCAAUUUUGGGAGCUCUCCAGCAGAACUUUUCUGUGCAGUCUGUGGAAAGGCCAUGGCUAAAAACUACCUUGCUGUGAAAGAGCACAUCCUUUCUCACCUUGACAUGAAAAGUCUUUCUUGUUGUGUGUGUGAGCAACCAUCGAGAUCUGUUUGUAGCCUAAUGUGGCAUGUAUUGUCUCAUAUGAAUAUAUCUAUUUUUUCCUGUUCAGUAUGUGGUAAUAGCUUUGUGGAUCGAACAGUUCUAGAUCAACAUUUGGCCUCGCACCAGAGUGUGGAGUAUUUAUUUAAAUGUAAUUUGUGCAGCAGAAAGUUUCGAUUAGAAGCCUCUUAUCAAAACCAUCUGAAGAUUCACAAGGGGUACAGCUCAGACAGCCCAAAGGGUCAUCAUGUUCAACACCAAUGGCUCAAAAAAACCUUAACAACAUCACCCUCAGAUGAAUCCACUAGUGAUGGACAUGGACGUGAUCUAGAGCAAAAGACUCCUUUCACCCUUGCUUUAAACCAUGGCAAGAUCAUUUCCAAAGGGAACUGGUAUGAAUGUGAGUUUUGUAGGAAGAGGUUUUCCCAUUCUAGUGAGUUUCAGUAUCACCUACGAAUUCACUCAGGAGAGAAGCCCUAUGAAUGCAAGCUGUGCCACAAGUUCUUCAGAGGGCGAUCAACUGUAAAAAACCAUCUAAAGACUCAUUCUGGUGCCCUCAUGUAUUGCUGCACAGUUUGCCAGAGAUACUGUCCCACUUUGAAUCUCAUGAUUAAACAUGUGGAGAUGCACAAAGAUGGAGGUCUGCCUCCUGAUUUCAGUAUUGCUCAGACUUUUAUGUACAUUGUGCAUUCCAAACAGUCAGUAAAAAUGAUGGACUAAUGUUUAAUCCAAAAAAAAUGCUGAACUUUCUCCCUUACCAUCAUUCAGGGCCCCAAACAGUCUUUCAGGUGAGGUGACACUUCAACUGUGAGUCUAUUGGGGUCAUCUACUGCAUCCAGUGCUCCCGGCGUGGCCUCCUGUAAAUUGGUGAGGCCCAAUGUAGAUUGGGAGGGCUUUGCUGAGAACCUAUGCUCCACCCAGCAGAAAAAGUGGGAUCUCCCAGUGGCUAUCCGUUUUAAUUCCACUUCUCAUUCCCAUUCCAAUAUGUCUACCUGUGGCCUCCUUAAUGAGGUUUGUCAUAAUGAAGCCAUACUUACGUGGAGGAACAACACCUUAUAUUCCAUUUGGGUAGCCUCCAACCUGCCUUCUGUCCACUCCUGUCAGACUCCCAUUCUCCAGCCCUGUAUCUCUUAUAAUAAUCAACUUCCCAGCUCUUCACCCCUCCUCCUCCAUUUCACUUGUCACUUAGAGUAUUUCUGUCUCCCCUCCCCCACCUUUUUUUAACUCCUCAGCUUUUUUUCUCCAGUACUGCCAAAGGGACUCAGCCAAAAUGUCGACUGUACUCUUUUCGUAAAUGCUGCCUUUGUGUGUGUUAACUAAUCUUAAUGUUGGUUUGAAAAACUGUAUUCACUAUUAGACAUCAAAUAAAUUCUGAG